UUCAUUAGAGACUUUCCUGGAGUUAGAUGGUAUGUCCAGAAAUUAAAAGGACACUUCUUCUGGCUAAAGGAUAGUAUUCGUAAUAUUGUUAAGGAGAGAAGAAAAGAGAUUGAAAGAACACCCGAAGACCAAGAGUUAACUCAUGAUUUAUUAACGAUGUUCUUAACGAUCAAUACUCCACGUGAUGUCACCGAAAAGAUUGCGGACAGUUUACACGAUCAACCAAUGUCUGAUGAAGAAAUCAGCGGAAACUUUUUGGAAGCUGUGUCAGCUGGAAUUGAUACAUCAUCGAACACGCUCUGCUUUAUAGUUCAUUUCCUGUCUCACUAUCCAAAUGUUAGAGAACGGCUAGUAGAAGAAAUUGACCGAGUCUUUGGAAAAGAUCCUAACCAUCAAAUUACUUUUGAAGAUAUAGGGAAACUUAAAUAUUGUGAAGCUUCAAUUCGAGAAUGUUUACGAGUAUUUAGCAUUAUUCCCGUAAUGUUUAAGAAAAAUACUAAUCCGGAUAUAGUUGGUGGUCUACUCUAUCCCGCGGACACCCAAUUCUACAUCAAUCUACAGGGUAUUCAUAAACAAAAGUCUUUAUGGUCGAAUCCGGAAGAAUUUAAUCCAGAUAGGUUUAUGGAUAAAAAUAAUCCAGAGAGUAAAAAUUCCCUUUAUAUUUUCGGUGGUGGUAUGAAAAAGUGUCCUGGGAGAAAUUUAGCAAUGCUAGAGUUAAAGACCUCUUUGUCCCUAUUAUACAGAAAGUACGACGUCGAGCUAGUGGAUAUGAAUGCACCAAUAAAUUAUUAUACCACUGCAGUUAGAACUUGUCGAGAACUAAAAUUACGAUUUAAGAAAAGAGAGAUUUGGCGAUAA